AUGAACAAUUUCAUUACUAGACAACAACAAAUGUUACACAAAAACCACAAUUUCAUCAACAUUACCAACAGUUUUAUAGCAAACAAAACGCUGAGUUUUAUCCAACAAUCUCGAAUGGGAGUGUCGAGCAAAACAAGUUUAAAAGCAAAGAAACACACGCGGCAAGUUGGUGAAAUGAGUAAGGCUUUUGCCCUGGCUUCCGCAGUGAUCGGUAUCCAAUUCAAAGAUGUUCCUGGAAAAAAUUUUAGGAGAGAGUUAAAAAGUUAUUUGUUCAGCAAGGUAUCUAAUAACACUACAAAACAAUCCUCUGAGGAAUGUCAAUAG